UCCACCAGGACAGCCCCAUCCCGAGCUUUGCUCUGCUCCAAGGGCUCCUCCCUGCACGGAACCUGCUGCUGGAGCCUUCCCGAGUGCUGAUCCCAGCGGAUCCGGGUCUGAGUGAGAAACAUGAGAACGUGGCUCUGUGUUGGGGGGCAGAGGGUGGAGGUCGUGCUGCCCUUCCUGGGCAGGUGCCACCCGGACUCGGGGCGCUGCUGCCAGACCUGCACCCCCAUGAGCUGGGAUGGCUUCUACUCCGAGCGCUUCCCUUCCCUCGGCUUCCGCGACAUCAGCCGGGUGACGGAGAAGGACACGCGGUUCCGGGGCUGGCUGGCGCGCAGGGUCUGCGGGCUCCUGGCUGUCUGCUCCUGGCGGAUUCCUGCUGACACCCCUGGGGACCUCCCGGCACGGCUCUGCCGCAGCAGGAGGGUGCAGGAUGCUGCUGCCGCCCGUGGCCCGGCACGGGGGGAUGGAUGGAAGGAGAAGAUCCUGGAGCUCCUGGGUGACAUCCAGGCCCCGCUCUCCCUGCUCAUGCUGAGGAUCUGCCACUGGGCGCUGCUGAAGCUCCUGAGCCGCCUGUUCCUCAGCGUGCAGCUGCACCGGGGGCAGCUGGAGACGGUGCUGAGGGCAGCCAGCACGCCCCGCGUGCCCCUGGUUUUCCUCUCCACGCACAAAUCCCAGCUGGAUGGGCCGCUCCUCUCCUUCGUCCUCUUCUCCCAGGGGUUAGGGGUGCCCAGGGUGACGGUGGGCGCCCAGGGCUGCAGCCCUCGCCUCCGAUCCCUGCUCCGGCGCCUCGGAGGGGUUUUCCUGCCUGCAGGAAUGGAGCAGCAGACACGGAGAGACCCGGAGGAUGCGCUCCCAGGGGCCGUGCUGGCUGCGUACGUGGAGGAGGUGCUGAGGAGCCGGCAGCCUCUCCUCAUCUUCCUGGAGGAGCCCGCGGUGCCGCUGCACCUCUCGGCCUCGGCCCGGCGCUGGCUGGCUCUGGUGCAGGGCGCCGUGCGCGCCGGUGCUGUGCCCGACGUCCUCCUCGUCCCCGUGGGCAUCGGCUACGACGUGGUCCCCGGUGGAUCCCAGCCGGAGGCAGCGCGCGGCGCUCAGCCCCUCGGCAUCGGCGCUUGCCUCUGGGCAGCGUUACGGGCCCUGCGCCGGAACCUCGGCUGUGUCCGGGUGGAUUUUGCCCAGCCCUUCUCCUUACAGGUAGGGCAGUGGGGCAGGAGCCUCGGGAUGGGGGCGGUUGGGGUGUCAGGGGAUCUGCUGAGCCCGUCUCUAUGGGAAGCUGCAGUGGAUCCGGUCAGCUCGGUGAUGCUCCGGUGCGCACCGACAGCUCCUUCAUCCCCAUUCCCAGGAGUUCGUGGCCAAAAGCCCUGGCAGGUACGCAGGGAAGCCGGAGGAGCUGCUGCUGCUGCCCAGCAUCCUCGGCACGUGGUGAGCAGGACCCAGCCUCAGGCAGCACGGAGCCUUCGGGGGCUCCCGGCCGCACUUCCUCACCCCUCUCACCCCGUUUUCCACAGGCCCGGCCACCUGGAUGCCGGCAAUACCGGGCUCGGGGCUCCUGGCUCCACCAAGGCCACCAGCUUGGAGGCACCAGAGGAAGAGUUGGUGACCAACCUGGGCCUGCACUCACUGAGCGACAGCGUGUCCUGCUCCGCCGUCAUGUCCGUGGGGAUCACGUCCGCGCUGCUGCUGCACAAGUACCGGGAGGGCGUCUUCCUCUCCCGGCUCAUGCAGGACUUUGCCUGGCUGCUGGAGGAGAUCCUGCUGCGCCAGCGGGACGUGGGCUUCUCGGGGCAGCUCCGUGCCCUGGUGCAGCACAGCCUCAUCCUGCUCAGGGCCCGCCUCCACCUCUACCACCUCUCCCCCCUCGGUGACGUCCUGGUGGUCCCCGAGGCCUCGGCACGGACCUGGAUGGAGCUGGGCCACCACAGCGCUGCCAUCCUGCCCAUCUUCGCCAGCGAGGCGGUGGGAGCCUGUGCCAUCCGAGCCUUGCUGGCGGAGGUGAUGCCCUUCCUGGAGCCCACCAGCCAAGCCUCCAGCAUCAUCUUCAGCCAGGACGAGCUGCACUGCAAGACCCUGGAGCUGCUGCAGCUGCUGCCCCCAAACGUGCUGGGGCUCCGGCCCUGCCAGCCCCUGGGCUGCUGGAGCGAGGACAUCGUGGACAAGCUCGUCCUGUGCGGGGUGCUGGAGCCAGAGGAGCCGGAGGGCGAGCACUGGGUCUGCGACACGGCCCCGCGGGCCUUCAGCCGGCGCCAGGCACAGCCCAGGAUGGACUUCAGCGACAGCGACAGCGAGGACGAGGGGCCCCUGCGCCGCUGCUUCAAGCUCGGGGAGCCCCAGGGCUCUCCCCGCCUCCUCCUCUUCCUCUGCCGGCUCCUCAGCCCCGUGCUGGGCACCUACGCUGGAGCCGUGGCUUUCCUGGGGCAAACCCGCUGGCCCCAGCCCGAGGCAGCCUACGUGGAGGAGCUGCUCCAGUUCCUGGCCAAGGAGGGCUCUGAGCUCCCCAACAGAAGCCUGGCCCUGAGCUCUCUGCAGACCUUCAAGGAGAUGGGGGUGCUGGAGGAGGUGAGGGGCCCCCCCGGCCCCCUGCUCCACCUCGCCCAGCCCUUCCGCUCCAGCACCAACCGGGAGAGGCUGGAAGCCUUCAUCCAGCAGUUCAUCCAACCCUAGAGCAUCCUGCCCCGGCUCCUGCUUUAUUGAGCCCCACAAGGGUGCUG